CUGCUGCACUCUUAAGAAUUGCACUUGCUGCUGUGCGUGGUCAUUGUCAGAACUGCGCGUUUUUAGCUGUUAGCAAUCAAUGCAGCACAAAGGCUAAAACACGGAGUGUGUUACAGUGUAGCGGACUGUCGGAAGCUUCACUUUCAUUCAGUUGGAAGCUGUUUCAUCAUACUCCACAUUAUGCUGUGCUACUUGCUGCGAAGAGGCUGGAGUCCUCUGGUCUGCCUGUGGGGCCUGUUCCUGCCUCUGGUGUCCCUCCAUCAUGUGAGCCACCGUGGACGUGGGGACCUCACUGUGAAGGAGCGGCCCAAGCUGCUGCUUGUGUCCUUCGAUGGUUUCCGUUGGGACUACAUUGACCGCGUUCCGACACCUAACUUCCUCAGCAUCACUGACACGGGGGUGAAAGUGGAGUUUGUGGAGAAUGCUUAUAUUACCAAAACCUUACCUAAUCAUUACAGCUUAGUGACAGGGCUGUAUGCUGAGAGGCAUGGCAUUGUGGCUAAUGAGAUGUACGACCCUGUUCUGAACCAGUCCUUCUCCAUGGAGACGGACAGUAUUUAUGAUUCACGGUGGUGGGAGGAGGCUGUGCCUCUCUGGGUUACCAUCCAGAAAGCUGGAGGGCGGAGCGGGGCAGCAAUGUGGCCAGGGUCUGAUGUAAAAAUCCACAACAUGUAUCCUACUCAGUACCUCCAGUACAACGCCUCAGUCUCCUUUGAAACCAGAGUGGAACGGAUUAUCGAGUGGUUCUCCGCACCUAAAGAUGAAGCAGUGGAUUUUGGAGUUCUGUACUGGGAGGAGCCCGAUGAAAGCGGGCACAACCUGGGACCUCAGAGUCCCUUAAUGGACGUAGUCAUCGCAGACAUUGAUGAGAAGCUCGGCUUCCUUAUAAACGAGCUAAAGAAGGCCGAGCUGUAUGACAAAGUGAACCUCAUAGUGACCAGUGACCACGGGAUGGCUCAGCUUUCUCCUGAGAAGAUCAUAGAGCUGGAUGAGUAUGUGAGCAGAGACCUGUACACCUGGGUGGAUAAGAGUCCAGUGGUGGGGAUUAUGCCCAAAGAAGGGAAGCUUGAUGAGGUGUAUAAUCUGCUGCUGGAUGCAAACCCAAACAUGGUGGUGUACAAGAAAGAAGAGAUUCCCGAGCACUACCAUUAUCAGCACAACAUCAGGAUCAUGCCCAUCCUCAUAGAGGCCAAGGAAGGGUGGACCAUCAUGCAGAACAGGACCGGGCCCUUCAUGUUGGGAAACCAUGGCUACAACAACACCUUGCGUAACAUGCAGCCUGUGUUCGUGGCUCGUGGGCCAGCCUUUCGCGAGAAUUACGUCAAAUCCACGAUGCGCUCCGUUGACCUUUACCCUCUCAUGUGCCAUAUCCUGUCCAUCCGCCCUCUGCCAAACAACGGCUCCCUCUCAAAUGUUCAGGACCUCCUGUCCAUCCAGCCAACUGCAUCCACACCAAUCCCGCCUCACCGUCCCAUCGCUCCCAAGGUCACCGGGUACUCAUAUGCUCCCAUCGUGGGUUCGUUCCUCGGUGUGGUUUUGGUGCUGGGCUUCCUAGUGGUCUACAUCAUACUAGUGACGCUCAAACAGCGGCCCUCGAGAAAACACAGGAGCUGGGAGAUGUCGCAACCUUUACUGCAAGAGGACUUGCACCUGUAGCUCAAGAAAUGGAAAGGAAUGCAGACAUAAAAGAAGAGGAGGUAUUCCUCCCCAAGGUAUUCCCACAUCCAGAAGCACCCCCCGAAUGCCUCCCUUACACCACUAAGUGCAAUUGUGCUGCUCUUUUUAUUCAUUGAAGAUCGAGGGAAUUUACCCUCCCACUCAUAUGUAGGGGUACAUCAGGUGUAAGGGAAAUGUCUUGGGCGUGCUUCUGGUUUGGGUUUAAUCAAAAUAAUGAGCUUUUUAGUGGUUUUGCUUUGAUUGUGACUUCUACCUAAUAGCAUCUAACAUUUUCAUUGUCACUUUAUAAAGUAAAGAUGCAAAGAUAAAUGUGACGUUUUAGCCUGUGAUUCUAAAAGGGGGAGCUUUUGGUGGCUGAACCUGUGACCUGUAUGAUACCGAGGUGUCAGUAUGCUCCAAUCAAACUAAGCUGAAGCUGUUCUUUACAAUCACAUUCCAAGGUGGGGCGUAAACCUUGUAACCACAGAGAGAAGCAAUGUUGAUAACGGCGCAUACCUUCAGACAAUCUUACCUAAUCGCAUUCAUGGCGUUGCACUCAUUAUAGUAUGUUGGAAAACAGCGUCGUGAGGAGAGAAGGGCAAAUUUUAGAAAAACUCUUCCUUUGCAGCAUACGGACACCUCCCCAUCCUGACCGCAAGAGUGGUCCCGAGUCAGUUUACGUUGACAUUUUCAAAUCUGUGCAGAUUUGUAUGUCAUAAAGUGAAGACGGAGGGAUCUUGUGAGAUUGUUUUUCCACCACUUGUUCUGCUUGUGGUCUGAGCACUGAAUGAGAUGUUACUUUGAGCUAUAAAUGCUGUGAUUAAUCUAAAGUAUUCCAAACUCUCUUAGUUUGAAUGUUAACCAGAACCACUAAAGUCUCACUCUUCAUGCCAAGCUACUGCUCAUCCGUGUAGGUCAUUCCAUGAGCUGAUCACGUCACGACCUCGCUCUUCAGUAGUCAGUUACCAUUUGCCUUUGAACUUAACAGAGAACAUCUCUCUAAAGGUGUGCAGUUGUUUGUGUGUGUCUUUUUUUUUUUUUUUAGCGUUUGUGUUGGGAGGGCUUUUUUGUUGUUGUUGUUGAGUAGAUGACUGUGUAGUGCCCUUCCCUUCAUAUGUCCACUGUCAUUGCCAUGGCCAUUUGUUGGUGAAAUGUGAAGUGCAAUUGCUAUUGGUCAGUAUUUGUGUUAGGGAUUUUAAGGGUUUUGAUUGGUUGAGAAGACUAUUUCGAGCAUGACUUGCGAGAGCUGUUCCCAUAAUUUGCACUAUAGGAUUGAAAUGAAACUGAAUGAAGGGGCAGUAGCUGAAAGCUUUUUAGGUCAUGCUUUAUUUGCACUUCUGGUUUGUAGCUGCCGUUUGAAACGAUAGAAGAAGAUAGGUGCCUCUUGCCUAAAAGCGUUUUAAAGUAGCAUAAUCGUAGAGAGAGGUAGAAGAGUAGGAUUCAAAUCUGCAGAUGAAUUACUCAAAUAUUUUUUUUCAGCAUCUCUUAAGAAAGAAUUGGUUCAAUUUUCUCCUUUUGCUUUUGGAUGCAUUGACUUGUACCUGUGCCCCCAAAUGACAGACAUCACUGUGAUAUGUACUUUUUACAAAAUUUAAAUUCAUAAAUUAAGAGCAUUUAUAUGGAAAUUGUUAAUUUUCUGAGAAUUGUAUUGUUUUAUGACAGAAAAGUGUUGUCUGAUAAUUUUCCCCUAACUUGUAGACAGAGAAGUGAAAUAUAUCUGUACGAUAUUCCAAAAAUGAUUUAUUUGAAGUUUUUAAGAAAAUAAUGAAUACCUUGGAUUUAAAAUGCGAAUGUUUAAUAUAAUUUACAAAUUAACUAUCUUUGCCAUGUUGAUGCAAUUAAUGAGUCUUCUGGAAAUAAAGGGACUAAUGUGAAAAUGACUGUUUUUUUAACCCUUGUGUAGCAGGCCAGGAUCUUAGGUGCCGUUUACACGAGACCGUUUUCAUUUUGAAACGGUGUCGUUUUGAUGCGUUUCGGCCUUGCGUUUACACGACAACGGUGUCGU